AAAACCUGAAAAAAAAUAAAAUAAAAUACAAGUUAAAAAAUAAAAAAGAAAAAAGGUUACGUAAUCUUUACAGAUUCUAAAUUAGAUAAACGAAUCGAUCGAUUUAUUAUAUCAGAAAGUGAUUCAUAGUUAUCAUUUUGUGUGCGUUUUUGUGAAUUUUUGUGCGAAGUUUUGUGUGAACGAUUUGUUCGAAAUGUUUUAAUCGAGAUGGAAGCAGAAGAAAAAGAAGAUAUUUUGUAAAGAAAUGAAGCCUACCGUAAUAACAAGCGGUUACGUCUACUAAACCUGGAGGAAAGUAGAAAGGAGUAGCAAGAGGAAAACGAAGAGGAGAAGGGGGAUGAGGAGGAGGAAGAGGAGAAAGAGAAGGGAUGGGCACAACGUCGGAGGAAAGUGGAACGUUAGCGUCUGUUACGUGCGAAGCUCGUAAAUACGAUCGAGGAUGUUUUGCUGUUUGUAAACGAAGGUCCAAGGAGAUCAACGGAGAGAAACGGGGAGGAUUGAGAGGAAGGAGGAAUGCACGUGACGUAAAUCGACAAACGUUGAUCGUUAUUCCAUCGGUCGAGAGAAACGGUGAAAUAAUGAAAGAUAAAUCGGCGUCGAAAACGCAGGAACCUACCGAUGACAUAAUAGAGAUAAAAACAAGUGCGAAAACGAAAAGUUCUAAAUCGAAGUCACCUUUUGAAAAGAAAGAGGACGGAUUUAAGGUGAUCGAGGAUAAUAUUGCUAUACUUCGAUCGAACAUGUGCCUUAAAGAUAGUGUCGCGAUCGAACCGUCUCACUUCAAGUCCUGUUACUACGCUGCUAUCUUAUGCUUGUUGGCAAAAAUUCGCAUGGACGUGAAUAAAUUUCGUCAGAACAAUUUAGAUGAAUUUGUUUAUGCAGCCGAUAAGAUCUACCAAUGCGUAGGCAAACUACGUUACAAACUUCUAAGAUGGUUUAAUAAUUUCGAGAUCCUCGAUACGAAGUAUACCGUGAUCAUGAAACAAUUCCAAUAUGCCGAUCCAGAGAGUUGUGAAUCGGAUAAAUUUGAAAAUGUAAUGGAAAGUUUUCUGGAUAAUAAUGAAACCGGUAUAUUGGUGACAACGAAUAUUUCUUAUGGCUUUUGGAAAGCUAAUGAUCGAUAUUAUUUCUUCAAUCCUUAUGGCUGCGACGAGGAAGGUAAACCGGAUGAGAAGGGAUAUAGUUGUUUGAUGAAAUUUUGUGACUUGUCGUCGAUGUUGAAAAGGAUGAAAGAAAAUUUAGGAAAGUCUAUUCAGAAACCUUAUAGAUUGUACACAUUGUUUAUCGCUCAUAUGGAAACGAAAUGUCGGAAGAAAAAGAAAAAGAAAAAGAAAACGAAAUAUUGCAUCGAGAAGAUAGAGGAGGAGGUGCCGAUCGAGGACUCGGCUGAUUUUGAUGAUAUAAAAAAGAGUGAAUCGGAAACGUCACUGAUCGAAUUGACGGAGUGGGUAACAGAGGAACGUAAAUUGGACGUUGUUCACGACAUGACCAUACCAGGAUUUUCUCCAAUUCGAUAUUACGAGGCUUCGAUGAUAGACGUAAUAGUAUUAGAAAAUGAAAUAACGAGACCGGUGUUGGCACCGUUUAAGAAACAUAUUCGACACGGGAAAGAGAAUACUGAUCCUUACAAAUUGAUAAAGUCAAUGAUAAGAAAGAAACCAUACGACAGAAAAUUUAGGGAACACGUGUCCGUGACCACUCCUAUCGAUCUUUGCAUAAUAGCUUGGUCAUUGAUCCAUGAUCCUGUGCUCUGGUCUGUACGAACCAUAAAAGGCCUGUUCGAUGCUAGUUGCGAUUAUACGUUCGAUAGUAUAUUAGCCACGGAAGAUUCGACCGUCGUCGACAUGUUCGAUGGACUCUUGCCCGAAUUUGAGAUCGCCAAUUAUAUAUUUCGGGCCGUUUUUGUACCCUUGCAUUACGGUAUACUUUAUGCUGUCGAGGGAUGGAACUUGGCGAUGUCCUUGAGAUACGUAUUCGAGAGUCCCAUUUAUACCGGUGCUAUUAUCGUCUGCGAAGGUAGUCACAUAGGCGUAACCAAGGUCAACGAGAACUAUUUCGCUUGGUGGAUCAUAAAGAGUACUAAGAUAUUACGGAUAAUUACGUCAGCGUGCAUCGAUGAAUUUUUGAGGAUUGUCGUAAAGGAGAUCGAUCAACCCGAGGAGAUCCAAUUUGUCAUGAGAGUCAUUACAAUUUCCUACGCACGAAAGUUAGAUCCCGAUUGUUCCGAUGUCCAAGGAUUACACGAAUUUGUUGUACCUACGACGUCCUUGGCCGAGGUACACAAAAUGGAGGCAGAACCGUACGAUUUGGAAGUUAUAUUCAAACCUACUGUUCCCGAGUCCAAACCAAUUUUCAUUAACGGGACCGUCGCGCUUAACGAUCGUGAAACGGUGAAGGAGCCAAGAGUGAAACGUUGCUACUUCGUAGCAAUUUUGGCAGUCAUCGUUAAAAGGGACAUCGUUCAAAGUCCUCUUCCAGGAAUGAUCGAUAAAAUGAUCGAGGUAGCUGAAAACCUUUACAAGGCCUUUGACGAACCAAAAUUUCAUAGUGAACACAUAUUGAGGAACGUAACGUUGAUGAAUAGAAUUUUCGAUUUUCGAGAUUGUGCAUCCUGUUUGGUAACGCUCACUGUCGAUCCACACAUCGAUCGAAACGAUUUCUACCUUCAAGUUAAGAAAUAUUUGAAGAGACACUUUAUGAUGCAUAGUAGCGGUAUUAUACAAUUCACUAAUUGUUGCUAUGGAUUUUGGUACUCGAGAUCAACGAACUCCUAUUACUAUUUAGAUCCUUAUCAAUGUAACGAUAAAGGAAGAAAAGUGUCGACCAAUGGGAAGGCCUGUUUAUGUAUCUUUCCUAGUAUCUGUCAAAUGGUAAAGAACAUGUGCUUCAAUCAAAUAGAAGAGACCACGGGCUUUUUUAUACAUCGACUUCACGUUGAAUCGGUGAACGCGUCACCUUUCAUCAGCUUCCAGGAAGAUCCAAUAUGGAUUUAUUUGGAUUAUCAUUGGACUUUCGAUCAUGCUCCGAAAAUAGUUAAAAUCGAUAAGAAAGCUUUGAAAAAGAGACACAAGAGGAAACGUUAUGACAAGGAAGAGGAAGAAGAGCGGAAACCUAUGAGAUCCUAUUGGAACAAUUAUGUCAUCGAAGUGAGCGAUUUGAUCUAUUCGAUUUGGGGUACGAUCGGUUGUUAUGAUUCUAGAUUUGGUAAUCGCGCUGGUAAAAAUCAAGCGGCUAUUAGUGUCGCUGUAUUGGCUAUGCAAUAUCUGAGUCACCCAUCGAGAUGGAAUUCUGCCGUUUUGGAUUCAGCAGUUAUAUGCGGUGACUCUUACUACACCGAAAGUUUGAAAAGUUCGAUGAAAAGAUGUUCGAAGUAUUUGAACAAAUACAAUUUACAACCGUGUUUCAAAAUAUUCCCACACGUUUGGACGAUCAAUUAUCAGAGAUCUAUAUGCGGUAUACUUUAUGGUGGUCGCAAUAGAUUGACCUUGGCUGACGCUUUGAAAAGUGCAUUCAACGAUGCACCAAACGUUCUAAUCGAGUGCAACAAAAUCAUGUUAGGCGCUUUGCUAUCUAAGGACGGAUAUUACGUGGCCGAUCCUUGUUGGAUCGGUCCGCCGCUCUUUGGUAAAGAUCGCGGUGCUAUUUAUGUUUUACGUUGUAAAAAUUUUAACUCUUUCGUCUAUGCGGUGACGAAGAUGUUGAAUACUAAUCAGAGAUUAGAAUUUCGUAUUACACCUGUGAUAUUUACCUUCGAACAAGAGAACUUUAAGUCGAGCAAUAGCAAAGGAUAUUCGUUGAAAAGGAAGGUACUUCUCGAGCCUAUACAUACUACUCCUGGAAAAGUCGAAGGACAUGACGUAUCUAUUCCUGGAGGGCAAACUGUUGCGGAUGCCGAUUCUUAUUUAUGUUAUAAUAAAAAUGUAAAUCUGGGUAUAGUAAAGGGCAACGAAUUGGAAAAUCCCCAAUUACCGUCCUUGGCUCCUCGAUUGAAGAAAGAGAAUUUGAAUAGCAUGCUCGUUAGCACUAUGUGGCAUCUUAACCUAGGUCAAAACGCACACAUAUCCAAACCCUAUCCAAUAUUCGAUCCUACGAUCUUUGAACAUAUUCCUGAAAAAUGUGAAGACAGUAUGGUUGACACCUUCGAAGCACGUCAUUAUCCGAAAAGUUCGAUCAAAGAUAUACUCAACUUCUGCGACGAUUAUCCUACUGAAAUAGAUUUUAUGAGUCAUUUGGAUAUAUCUACUACUAGUGCCGAUACUCUUAUGAUUAGCAGACCAUUAGAAUGUUCUAAAUCUCGUAGAUUUAUCAGGGAUCAAACUUCUCUUGAAUUUGACAAAUUGACAGUCGACAUGACUGAUGAAAUUUAUAAAACUUAUCAACAUCGUCUACCGCAACGUAUCGUUGAUGAUAAAAAGGACGAAGAUUUAGAAGUUGGUCCAACUUAUGCGGAAGAAGCGAUUCAUCCAGAAGAUGAGGAGUCAGAAAUCGAGCCUGUAGAUGAAACCGAGCCUGUAGAUGAAAUCGAGCCUGGAGAAGAGACCGAGCCUGUAGAGGAGACUGAGUCUCCUGAAGAAAUCGAGCCUACUGACGACGAAGAAAUUACAGAGGCUACAACGGACGAGGUUACGACAGACGAUGAAUGAAAACCAAUGGGAGAAACAAAAGAGACGUAACGAAGAAAAAGAAAUACAUAAAAAGAUCAUACGAUUUCAAUCGUACUUGCUUGUUGAAUCUACUCCAAUUCAAAUUAUAUAUAAUGUUACUAUAAAAAUUAUACGAUAAAAAUCAAGCGAUUGUAUGGAUCUUAUAUGUAAUCUCUUAUUUUUUAUGAUUUUUUAAAAAAAUAUUUUUCUUUUUCUUUUUCUUUUUCUUUUUUUUUUGUUUUGUUUUGUUUUUGAAGAUUUUUAUAUUUAUUUAUUAAAGGCAAAAAUACAAAACGAGCAAUAUUUAUUCAAAGUUUAACGUUAAUUGGAAUUCAUUGGACGAACUUGAUGAACUUAAUUAUUAUGAAUGCUUUAAUUUAUACACGUGUGUUUCUCUCUCUCUCUCUCUUUUUUUUUUCUUUUUUGAAUUUAUAAAAAAUCAGUAUCAGAUAAAUUUAGUUUUUAUCGAGAUUGAGAAUGAAUGUUAUAAGAUAUUACGAUUAUUAUGAUUUAGACGAUAAAUAAAAUAUACCGAUUAUUUUCUUCUUUUUUUUUAACGUAAGUACAAAUUAUUACGUUCGGACAUGGACAGAUUUUAACAGAUUUGUACAAAUUAUUAUUACAAAAAAAUACUACGUACCUAUAACUAAUGUAAUUAUGAUUUCACUGAAAAAAAGAGAUUUUUUGUUUCGAAAUUGAACCAUGAUUUAGUCCAAUCGUUCUCUCCUUCCUUUUUUUCUUCUUUUGAUCGAACAACGAUAAUAAACUAAAAAGAUUAAUACAAUAAAAAACAAAGAAAAAAGGGAAAACAUUUUCUGCUUAAUUAAGUACAUAUAUGCUCGAAUACGAUAUAAAAAAGAAUCGUCGUCAUACAAAAGAGUAGUAUGAUUUCUUGUUUAAAAAAUAGACGAUUAGUCAAAUCCUCCUUUCCUUUUUUUUCUUCACUUUUUUCUUUUUCUUGAUCGAACAACAAUAAUAAACUAAGAAGAGCAUUAAAAUAAAAAACAAAGAAGAAAAAAGAAAAAGCAUCUCGUGCUCUGUUAAGUACAUAUGUGCUCGAAUACAAUACAUAGAAUAAUACUUAGAUAGUAUAUACAUACUAUUAUGGUCUUAGAAUAAUUUCAAUAUUUUUUUUCUUUACUUUUUUACUUCUUAUUCAUGAUCUUUCAUGAUCGCAUACUCGAGACAUUAAUAAGUAUGACUAGAGACUAAUUGAAAAGAAGAAAAAGAAGAGAAAAAAAAUGAUCGAGAAAAUUUAAUCAAACGAAAAAGAAAAG